CCAGAUUGAUGCCAAGCAUACCGACAUGAUGACCAAACGUUUGUAGCUCAAGAAGCCCUGCCAUCGGGGAACCGGAACCGGAACCCCCAAACUCUGUUGUGGUACAGACAGGCCCAGGGUACACAAGAGGCCUGCAGAGUCUAUAUAAAGACCGAUAAGACUGAAGUUGAUCACUGUAUUGUGCGAGUUGCUGUGAGUCUGCGUAUGAGUUUGGUUGCCGUUGACUUGAUCUCUGUUUCCAGUAGAGGUAGCUGCAACGUGUGCAUCGGUUCUAACGUCGGUAAUGUUGAGAAUCUCAUUCUUGGUAUCAGUUGGUUGGUGCUUCGUCGACGCCGUGGCAUCACCAUCCUUAAUAGGAGAAGUCAUACCCACCAUGGACGGGUCCGUAUCCGCUCUGGUCGUGAUGGUGUGAUGGAUGUAUGGAGGACGAGUUCCAUUAGGCAAAUUGUGCCAUUGUGCGUGGGUACACAACCGAGGGCUUUUUGCGCUGCUGCAAGGGUGACCCUUGUGCAUAUGCAGUCUUCUGUAUGGUCACCUGCGUAUGGCCUCGAAGUCGGCCAUGUCUCAAAAAUGACGUUAUUAACUCCAGGGCAGAAACCUUGUGUUAGACAAAAAGAUGUUAUCAGUUCAUUUAGCAUUGAUAUCAAUAUGGCAAUCAUCAGAACCAAACUUAUCAUUCACAGACACUCCAUGAGUCUGGGUGUUGCUACACAGUAAUACUAUACAACUGGUGAACGAACUCCGAUGCUCAUAAUUCUACCUACACAUGCUGAUAAUACGUUGUUGGUCGCCUCUCUGUACUCAUGCGCAUAUGCUGUUGGCUGCAUAAAGGGCGUGCAGGUGAAUAUGUGUGUGAUUGUCAUUACUUCUUGCAGGCCUCAGUUGAGUUCUCCCUUCUAAGGAACACUUCGGGGUCUUUCUCAAUUUUCUCGGAGUUCCCGUGAAGGCGUCAACAUCUUCCUCUGUCAGGUGAGUCCAUUUGCACUGGGCGCGAUCAAACCAACAAGCGGCGCAGCUCACUGAAUUGGCACAACACAUCAGACACUCUGGCCCUUCUUUCGAUCUAUGGGUAAAGGCCAACACGUUUCAUUUGACUCAGGAGGUGGUUGACGUUGAGUGUCCUCCCUUUUGUGGCUCUCUCCCCAUCGGCCCCCAAAGAAUCACUCUUUCUCAUUGAGCUACGCUGCUCUCAGGUUUUCAAACCAUUGUAAAGACCGUUCUCUUGAAUUCUAGGAACUAUAUGAGUGUUUAUCAGAGUCCAGUGUCACCUAGGGACGUCUCAACCCAAUAUCGACUGACGAAUUACUUGCGAGGCCGAAACCUUGGGUGUUGAUACUGUUGGGACUCGAGGCUCGUCACCAAAGCAAGCACCCUGGAACUUGAUUAUCACAGAAAGUUCUCUCGUCACUCUUCGAGGCUUCAUACACACUUUCGAAUAUAUUUCUACCCUCCUGAGACGAGAAUCAAUACUCGAUACGACACCACCUCCCCAAAGUGCAGGUCUCGACUUCACCAGCAUUCCCAAAGUUUCCCAUCAUCCUGAUGAAUAUCCCCUUGUUACUUCCAGACCGCCUCAUAUCUAACGUAUCAGAGUCUCUACACUGGUAGCCUUGUUCUGCUGUGUAACUCUGCUUCGCCCCCUUUGGCUGUCUUGGGUUUCAACGCAGUCUGACACAUGAGGCUCUGCUGUCCAUCUUUCACACUUUUUCACAAUUCCUCUUCACAAUGAUGCCUAAAUCUUGAUGCCGUACUCACGUCUUGGCCUUUUUUUGCGGUCGCACCUUUCACAAUUUUCAUUAUCUACGGUUGAUUGAUAUGCCACGUUUGCACAACCAUAACUUCUCCUGCAUUCUGACGCACCACACCAUUCAAUCCUGAGCACGAUAUCGUCGUCAAUGUAGCUAUUCACGGCUCUUGGGAUACCUUCACCGCUUUUUGCUGCGACGAUUUUGCUUGCCUCGUCUCUGAAGUUGAGGCUAUCAUGGCAGAGAUCCUUGGGGUCGCGGCGUCGGCGACCCAGCUUGGUGUAGCUUGCUUUUCUCUUAUAGAUGUCAUUAGAAAGAUAAAAGGGAGUGCUUCAACGCUGAAACGAUAUCAUGAGCAGCUCCAAGAACUUCAGAACCUUUCUACCAGCAUAUCUGAGAACCCCCUUCUUCAAACCCCUGAGAUUGGUACACAGACUGAUGCUCUUCUUUUCAUAAUCAACAACAACUGCCUCAAUUCUUUGCUUCGCAAGGGGCGAGUACUCCGAACCUGGGGCUUCUUGUACAGAGAACAAGAUCUUCUCGAUAUCUUUGUCAGACUUGAGAGACAGAAGAGCAACCUGUCACUGGCAAUUGAGCAAAUACAGUCCAAGGCCUUGUAUCAGAUUCAGACCGACAUCCAGAUCAUGUCCGAGAAGAGACCACUGGACUAUACUACCUCCAUAUCCUCUUCUGAAACUAUUUCGGGCCCUCUUGUUUCGCCCGAAAGUACAGAAACUACACAUUCGCCAAGUGUCCCACGUAUCCCCCCUGAUCUCCAGUCUCUACAUCACUACGGCCGCUACGUACAAUCUUUCUUGCCGCCCAACAUGGCUACGAACCCAUUUUCAGACCAGCGUUCCUAUUCCUAUCCCAACGCUUCGACCGGUUUCCCUGACCAUCAGUCUGCCUCCCAGCCCGAACAGCCGAGCGACCAUUCCCAUAGAUACAGCAUGGGAACAUACUACAUCAACGCAGUUGCGGGUCCAGGUCAUGAUCAGUUCAACGGAGAUUUGUUCCAGGGCGAUGGCAAGCUAUCAAAGGAAAUCGAAAAGAACAGGCCAGUACGCAAGGACACAACCCCAAAGUUCCACGAGGGACCUCGCAAGUUCGGAGCUGGAAACCAGUACAACGGUGGAAAGUACGAGUUUGAAGGGGAUAUCGAUGGUGCUACUGUAUCCGAUCUGAAUGGCCAUGUGUUCCUGAAUCCUCUAACCGCGCCCUACCCUUCUGCUGACCCAGGUGAUGUCCGCUAUGGAGCCCAGUACAACGGUCAUGUUAUCAGCCAGAAGCAUGUUGAGGAUCCGGAAAAGCAGGAGUGAUAAGAGAAACGAGUCGCUUGAUAUGAAUAGCUUCAUCAUGUUGGAGCAGGAAAACUUGGAAAAGUCAAUUUUUGCUGGAAGUGGUGUAUUGUUCUCAAUCAUCGAGUUUCCCUUGUAGAUAGUUCAAGCUCAGUAUAGAUAUGUCACCCUCACUUGGUCAAUUCAGAGUAUGUUUUGGUAUAUCAUACAACUUAUAUCUUACUGAACCUCCUUUGUUACCUAAACAUACUCAAUCUAUCUCGCUGA